AAAUGUGUAAAGUCGGAGCCACGAACCACUGUUCACAUGCGGCCACGUCAUUUGAACUCUCUCGGUUCUCUCACUUAUGCUGACAUUCUGAGAAGUUUUUUGAGGAAGCGGCAAAGCCCUCCGUUUUUUACUCGUUGGCAAUUAGGCGAAAAGUAAUUUUGGUAACGGGUGCGUUCUGACACGCAGCAAAGAGGCGAACGGAAAAGGAAAAACACCAAACAACAGCCAAGUCGACGGAUAAGAUCAAGAUGAAUAUUUUCCGAUUUGCUGGGGACCUCUCGCAUGUGUUUGCCAUUAUCAUACUGCUGCUGAAGAUAUGGAAGACGCGCUCGUGCGCCGGCAUUUCGGGCAAGUCGCAGAUCCUGUUCGCAGUGGUCUACCUGACGCGCUACCUGGACCUAUUCACCACCUACGUGAGCCUGUACAACUCGGUGAUGAAGGUGCUCUUCUUGGCCACGUCCGGUGCCACGGUGUACCUGAUGUACGUCAAGUUUAAGGCCACCUACGACCACAACCACGACUCGUUCCGCAUCGAAUUCCUGCUGGUGCCGUGCGCCCUGCUCUCGCUGGUGAUCAACCAUGAGUUUACCGUCAUGGAGGUGCUCUGGACCUUCUCCAUCUACCUGGAAUCGGUGGCCAUCCUGCCGCAGCUCUUCCUGGUCAGCAGGACCGGCGAGGCCGAGUCCAUCACCAGCCACUACCUCUUCGCCCUGGGAUCGUACCGCGCCCUUUACUUGCUCAACUGGGUCUACCGGUACAUGGUCGAGUCGCACUACGACCUCAUCGCGAUCUUCGCCGGAGUCGUCCAGACCGUAUUGUACUGCGACUUCUUCUACUUAUACAUUACCAAAGUUCUUAAGGGCAAGAAGCUGCAGCUGCCGGCAUAAGUGCGUGAAUGUGGGCAUUUGAUUAUUGGUACACAUCAUCAAUCGAGGUCGAAGUAAACAACCGAAGAAUCCACGGGCCGUUUGACAACGCGUAUUUAGUUCAUAUUAUACAGAAGGUACAGAUAUCGAGAGGAGCGCUUAAGUUGUAAUUAUUUUAUGAGUAAUAAACCGAAAAUCGGAAGUCAAACUAUCUUGCAAUACCGACAGCGUACAUUGGAAAUGUAACAAAUGUAUUAAUCUCCGUUUUCCGUGCUGCACACACUCGGCCCUCUCAAAUUUUCAAAUCCAAAAAUAUUAAAACAGUACUCCAGUACGAGAUAACUUUAUAAUUAACAA